AAGUGUCCUGGUUCAAGGAGUUGUGGGAGCUCGGGGCUGACACCGCCUAUGCCCCUGGAGGAGCCAGCAGGACAUGAAGAUCAUAGGCCUCCUCUUUCCUCCUCUUCCUGCUAGCCCUGAAUAUCCCCACUGCAGCUGUGGUGGCUCUUGGACUCUGACUACCUCAAGGACCCAAUCUAGAAAGAUGCAGGCUGGUGGUGCCUGCCACCCAAGUUGGAGGCUGGGGGUGUGGGGCCUCUGCCCAUCUACAAGCCUCCAGAAGCCUCAGCACCUGUGAGUCCAUUGGGAAGCCCUGGCCAGUCUGAGAGCUAGGCCCAGGAGGAGCAAUCGGCAGUGAGGACUACCAAAAUUCCUUCUGAAGAAGACCACCAUGAGCCUCAGAAAGAGAUCAGCGCAGACACAGAUGUGGGAGUCUCCUGUGAUGUCCCAGGGGAAACAGUCCCUCCUAGAGUUACCCCUAAAAGAGUCCCCACCCAAGGACUCUGGCCUCAAGGCGGUUCCCAGCACACAUACUCUUUACGUGAGCCACCUAAACCCUCAGUUCUCUGUGCCCGUGCUUGCCUGCUUACUGCGAGACACCCUAGAGCGGCUGGAGCUGCCAGUGGCCCGUGGCCAAAUUGAGGUAGUGAGGCGGCCACGGAACACUUAUGCACUGGUACAGGUGGCUGCUCCCAAGGCAGUGCUGGCCUCCCUCCCCUGGCGCCUGCAGAUGGCCUUGGAGGAGCAACUAAUCCUCAAAGAGCUCACAGCCCGGGGCAAGGAGCUGGUGUUGAGUGAGGCCUUGGAGUCCUUACACCACAGGGAGCAGGAGGACAGUGGUCCAAGCCCAAGCCACAGCCCUGGACCAAGCCCUGGCCCCAGCCCAGGCCUCAGGCACCCACCACUGCCCCAACUGGCAGACCCUUCCCCUAUCUGGGGCUCGGCUGGCCGUCGGCAGAUCUCUCAGAACCGACCCAGUGGCGUGCGCUCUGACAGUGCCAUUGUGCACCAUAAGAUCCUGGGCCAGGAGCAGCUAUUCCAGGGUGCCUUCCUUGGCAGCGAGACACGGAACAUGGAGUUUAAGCGAGGCAGCGGUGAGUACCUGAGCCUGGCUUUCAAGCACCAUGUGCGGCGCUACGUAUGUGCCUUUCUCAACAGUGAGGGUGGCAGUCUGCUGGUAGGUGUCGAGGACAGUGGCCUGGUGCAGGGCAUCCACUGCAGCCAUCGUGAUGAGGACCGUACACGCCUGCUGGUAGACUCCAUCCUGCAGGGCUUCAAACCCCAGGUCUUUCCCGAUGCCUACACCCUCACCUUCAUCCCUGUCAUAAGCACAACCACGACCAGCACACCUCUCAAGGUACUCCGCCUGACGGUGCACACUCCCAAGGCUCAGGGUGAGCCACAGCUGUACGAGACUGACCAGGGGGAGGUAUUUCUAAGGCGCGAUGGGAGCAUCCAGGGCCCACUGUCGGUUGGCGCCAUCCAGGACUGGUGCAGGCAGAAGUGGGCGAUGGAGCUGGGCAAGCUGGAAGAGAAGGUGAAGGUGUUAACGCUGGAAAAGGAGCAGCUUCAGCAGCAGCUGAGGCAGCGCCAGCCACUGUCCUGCAGCUGCUGUGUCCUGUGAGGACAUAAGAUGUGGGCUAAGACUUGGAGUAAAACCUACCUGGGCCACCUCCUCUCCCUUGGCAUUGCACACACAGGAGCCACAGGACUUCACCUCAGUGUGGGCACAGUAACAUAACUAAUAAACAACUCUUGGCACAUC